GUAGGUACAUAUGUACAUUUGGUAAAUAGCAUCACUCACAUUAGUACGCAACGUAAAUUUUAUUUUAACAUAUUAGGUGGUACUCCAAAAUCUUGAAUACGUUUUGCAAUAAAUUACCAACAAAGAUUUGUUUAGUGUAAUUUAAAAAGCAAGAAAUGUUAACAUGGUUGAACAAUAACUUAUAAAGUUUUUAAAUUUCUGAAGUCUUACGUGUAUAUAGUCAGUAGUUUAUUUACAAAGGUUUCACUGUUUGUUUACAUCCUCUAAUUUGCAAGGUUUUGAUAAUUAUUUUAAAGAUUUUAUAAAAAAGUUAAUUAGUGCACACAGUGGUGAUAUUCUCGCUAAAAAGAAAACUAAAGAAACAAUUCUUUAUUAAAAAAGGGCUUACAAUAUAAUUUCGGGCGUGAAAGAAAAAUAGUUGAGUCACCAGUUUCAACUAAUACGCAGGGCCAGUAAAAGUGGAAAACAAUUUGUGCAUAAAUGGAGGAUUACAAAUUCCUUUUCAAAAUUGUGCUUGUUGGGAAUGCGGGCGUCGGAAAAACUUGCUUGGUGCGGCGAUUCACACAAGGCUUAUUUCCCCCCGGUCAAGGAGCAACUAUAGGUGUUGACUUUAUGAUUAAAACUGUGGAAGUUGAAGGUGAAAAGAUUAAGCUUCAAAUAUGGGACACUGCUGGCCAGGAGCGUUUUCGUUCUAUAACUCAAAGUUAUUACCGAUCUGCUCAUGCAUUAAUCCUUGUAUAUGACAUAAGUUGCCAGCCGACAUUUGAUUGUUUACCUGACUGGCUACGCGAAAUACAGGAGUAUGCAAAUUCAAAAGUUUUAAAAAUCCUUGUCGGCAAUAAAACCGAUCGCGAUGAUCGUGAAAUACCAACGCAAAUUGGAGAAGAAUUCGCCAAACAGCAUGAUAUGUAUUUUCUGGAGACUUCAGCCAAAGAGGCGGAGAACGUCGAGCGCCUAUUUUAUGAAAUAGCUGCUGAACUUAUUGACCAAGCGCGAAGUAAGGAUGGCACAAACGUGAAUAAGGCAUCUGUAGAUGCUAUUGGACUUGGUAAUUUUGGCACAAAAGCAACUCAAAAUAGUUGUUGCAGUAGUUUUAGUAGCAGUACUAGUCAAUCCACAAGCGAAAGCAAUAAUAGUAGAAGCAACACUUAAACUUGUGCAGCUGAAUAGAGGUGAAUCAGUAAAUAAUUAAUUUGACGAAUAUAGAUUUUAAAAAUGUAGUUAAGGUUAAAAAUAUAUGUACAUGUAGACAUACAUGAGUACAGACGACUAUAGAACAACAGAUCGGUCGGCAUAUUCGUAGUCUCUGCAUUAAGUCAAUAUUUUGUAAAUGGGAUUCCCUUUUCCUUUAUCUGCAGUCAUUGGCAGCUAUCAUAUUCAGUACAUUUACUAUCAAUUUCUACGUCGUAACUUGCGGUAUUCGCUGCAAACAGCGUGUAAAUGUUCAUAGGUGUUUGUCUUCAUUUAGCUCCAGUUCAAGUAUUAUCUAUCUAAUACUCUACACUCGGCACACCUGCCAAGCCAGUGAUAUCGAUAUGGUCAAGGCCUUUGUACAGAGGAAAUUAGCAAAAGCUCAAAUUUAAGGACAGUAUAAAAUUUCAAUUGAGCAACAUACUCCAAAAUGGUAUACAGACUUUUAUUUUAUUGCAACUACCAUAACAAUAACAGUUUACAAAUUCUCAUAAUUGCCGGUAUAAAAAUUAUAUAUCGCCGUCAAAAAGUUGUAUAUUAAACCAGAAAGAGCUCGGCCCGCUUUGCAAAAAUAAAAUACAAAUUUCCAUCCUGGCGCCAUUUAGUAAAGCGGAUCUAUUUUAUUUUAUUGUAAAAGCAUUUAUUCUCACGUAACCAAAAUAUAUUUUGAAUGUGAGUUGAGUCCAAAAAAACUUAUAAACAAUCAUUAGCAUGCUCACAGCUCAGUAAUGAUUCGGCUCAGAGGUUUCGCAGUCUAUAGGCAACAUAUGUACACACAUCCAUCCAAUUUUAUUUAUGUAUGUACAUAGAUUUCGUUGGCCGAGGUUCCCGUCGAAUAUAGAAGCUUGUGCGAGAAUGCCAUACGGCAGUUCGAAACCUACUAUGGGCAUGAAACGUCUAAUAAUCGAAACGGAUUUAUUCUCGGGCGGUCGCCCCGUCAGCAGGUAAUGGCCCUAAAAGCAUUUUUGUCUUAAGAAAGCUACCGUUCGGAGGCGGCAAAAAACCAUUUGUCCAUUUGUAGGACAAUAUCAAACCGCGCACUUAAAAUUAAAGGAGAAGCUCGGCUGCACACCUAACGAAAGAUGUACGCGUCAAUUACAUGUAUAUACGAGUGCAUAUAUAUAUUUUUGAGUUUGAACAUGCAAACAACAUUUCGUUUUAUGAAAUGUAUUAGGGACUUUUAAAGAAGCUAGUAAGUUAAUAUUUUGGUUGUUGUUGAAUGUUUAUAUGAAGGCAUAUUUGAGCUUCUGAAAAAUGCGAUUUUGGACGUUUUUAACUAAUGCCGGCGAUAUAUUCGUUAGAAGUGCCGAGUAACUGUGUUGGCACACCUUACCACAAAUGUAUAUGUAUUAUAUAUGUACAUGAGUAUAUAUAUAUUAUCGCAAUGAUUCCUAUAUUAUAGAGGAUUUGAAUCUUGAUUCUAAGUAGCUUGUAUUGUAGAAAAAAGCGGAAGUUAACCUCGGAAUUGCAAGCGCAUAUAAAAGUAUGGAUGUAUGUAUGUACAAAUGCAUGUACGAUGCACUAGCAUUAAUAUUUUUAAAAAGGCACAUUUGCAAAGUGUUCGUACAGAUUUAAGCGUUAAGUUAGUCAAAAAUAUAUUUAUAACUAAUUUGAUAAAUAUUUUUAAAUUUGCACUCAAAGUUUAAUACAUUUAUCCGUCCCUGUAUUACUACAUAUUUUCAGUUAUUUUGUAACAGGUGAUUUGAUUACAUCACUCUGUAAAAAGAAUCCUUUUCAUUGAUAUUAUUGUCUGUGGUCUUGCAUAUGGAAACAUUUGAAGGAAUUAACAGCCUCCAGAAAAUCAAAAAGUCGUAGCAUUAUAAUUAAUUACACGGGCCGACCAAGUUAAGCUAAAUAAUUUUACCAGAAACUAGAGUAUAGUUUUGUUUUAAUAAAUCUAAUAAUCGACUGUUUUAUGUCUUCGAGGUCAUUAGUAGAUUUUUAAAUAUUGAAAAAUUUUUAAAUGCGCUAUCUCGGGGAAAAAUGAUAUUGGAGCAAACUCUACGGUAUAUGUAAGAAAAAGAAAAGUCGUGAUAUUACGUAAAAGAAAGUCAGUGAUAUACAUAACCUAAAAUACAGGCCGUGUUUUGUACUUUGAGCGUAAUCAUAACUCUGGAUUUUAAUUCUGCACGUCUACUCUAGUUUCUGGUAAAAUUUUAUAUCGACCUGUGUUACUUACCGAUUUUAUGCACUUUUUUACACACAUUUUUUUGUCAAAGCAUUCGACACUAACACUUCAAAGUCAUAUAAGAUAAUGUGUAAACCAAUUAAUAAGCUUCAUCUUAAUAAGAAAAUGACUUUCAAAUAAGAAAAAUGACUUUCUCUAAAAAUCUUUGGUCGGCCACUAAAUAAAAUUUUACAAGCAGAAAAAAAACAAAUAUUACUAGCUGAUGAGUAAAUUUUUGGUUCUAUCUCUUUUGGUGUUUUCUUCUAAAUUUACAUCAGAACUUAACUUUUAAAUACUUUUAGUUUUUUUUUUGUCCCAUUAAAUUUAUUAGAAAUGACUUCCAUUUUUGUCACUUUAAAAGAGAAGGAUAUUUUCUUGUUGUUGUUGUUGUAUCAGCAUAAACAUUCCCCAUACUUACAUACGGGGAAUGCUGCUGGAGUGACAGUCCUUGGCCGGAUAUAAAUCCGAGUCGUUUCGGUAACGUAGAACCGACUGUCGUGGAAACGAGGAGGAGAUUUUAUAGUCAUAUUCGCUAAUGUUUAAUUUUCAUAUAAUAAAUUCAGCUAUGUAUUGAACCCUCACACAUCGCACAGUUCGCAACUCCCUUUCAUUUUAUUAUUUAAAAUCAGUCGGACAGCUCACAAUUUUAAAUUGAAAUGAAAAAAUUAAAACUACGAUUUGUAAUGGGUGAUGGAUGAUACAAUAAUUUUUAGAAGGUAGUUUCACUUCAAAAUUAUUAUUAUUAACCGGGUCUAUUGAAGAACAUGCAAUGUUGCCACUGUUACAAUAUUGAAAUUGCAAAUAUAUUCUGAUUGACUCAGAUAUCAGGUUUUGUACUAUAACUCCUUCAGUUAGAUAGCUAAAUUCGUCAAAUUGAUCAGAUAUCAGCAAAAUGGGGGAUAUAUCUUGUAGAGCACUUAUCAGGGUGAUUUUUUCGCAACCAAGUCAGUCUUACUAGGCAAACCCUCAAUUUAGUUAGUUGGGGUGACGUGAUGCAUUCUAGGCCCUCCUGGUGGAGCUCAUGAAACAGUAGGAGUUGCUUCUGAUGGAGGUUGAGAGAGUGCUUUGCUCUUAAGCUUUACCCCAGGAAUAGGAAAUUUAAGUCGCUUCAUAGCUGCCUCUUUACAGAUAUUCAGCAUUUUGCAAUAUCUAGGAAAGCAGCAGCUAAUUUUUUAUGAUGAAAAUUAUUCAAAUUUUAUUAAAAAUUUCUCAACUGAUACGUUUGGCCUUUCUUUGGACAAAUAGGUGGAUUUUUUAAAAUAAGUUGGUCCCAUAAAAAAAAAAGAUACACCGUUUCUUUCAGAUAGCUAACAUGGCGAAUAAGAAGAAGUGAAACUACCCAAUAAUUAAUGUGUCAUGGUCAAAAGGUUAAGAAUUAACCCUUCAGGUGCAAUGUUGAAGUCACUUCCUCAUUAUUUAAUGUGCCUUGGUUGCCUAUUUUUUGCAUAGUAGGUAAUAUUAAGCAACGUGAACUUUGUUUAUAGCGUCCAUUUGCUUUUCGUAAUUUAAGUGGAUUUGUAGGGCCACGGCGCUAACGUGUAUUAAGCAUAUAUGUAUAGUAUAUAUACAUAUUACCGUAAAAUUUUUCACAAAUAACUUAAUGAGAUUUAUUGUUUUUAAAUUCGUGCCACUAAAAAAGUUUCACUUCAAAACUAUCAUAAACUUUUGCUUUCCGAAAUUUUCGAAAAAAUAUGUAUGCGUCUCAAUUCAAAACUCGAGAACAUAUUUUCACUGAUUGGUUAAAAUCUGGAGUUUUUCAUGAAUCUUUCAAACCUAAAACUACAACUAACUACUAAUUGAAAAACCGAAAACUUUAUAAAAAAUGUUUAUCAAUAAACAAAUGCAGAUAUAUAGUGGCUGUACUGAAAACCUAAAGCUGUUAAUUUUAAACGACCAAAAGAGAAAAGUAUGCAUGUGUAUGUAUUUUAUAAUUAGUAUUAAUUAAUUUUGCAGAAUUAUAUUAUGUUUUAAAUAAAAGAAAUUGCGAAAUUAUGAAUGCAAUAUUUUAUGCACGGCGAAUCCUUUUACAGUUAUUAUGAGUAUUCAUUUGGCAUUUUUGAAGAAUGUAAACCUAUAGCUACAAACGUGUUCAUAAUUAUAUUUAUAAUUUAAUAUUUUAUAAAAGUAUAAGCUCAUGCAAUUAUAUUUUCCUUUUACAUCACCAAUACUUCUGGAUGUAUUGUAUUUUAUUUGUAGCAAUACAAAAAUUCAAAUUCCAGAUGCAGCUCUGCACUGUGUUGCUAGCCUGCGUAAACUUUUAGUUAUUAAUAAAGCAAAAAUAUUGUGCAAUCAUUCACUAAAGGAUCUCGUUUGCAAAAAUGUAAGCCAAAAAAAAAAAUGGGUGAAUGAAUAGAUGCUAAAUGACUAAAUAAUUAAUCAUAACAGAAAAAAUAAGAACAUUUGUUCUAGAUUGUCAAUAAAUACUAGAAGAUGAAUUUUCACCACAAAA